GCCAUCCUCUUUUAUAAAUACGUCCCCACCUCCUCUCGUUCCAAUUUCUAAUUGUGUUCCUUCUGCUCUCUCUCUUCUUUUGGCUUCUCUCUCUUAGGGUUAGCGUUUUUUUCUCUUUUUCGUUGCGUGGGACGGCGAUGGCGCAGGAGGGAGAGGGGAACGGAGCGGUGCCGGCGGCGGCGAGCAUCGUUGCGUUCAAGCCGCAGCUACUGGUGCCGGCGAUGAAGGCCGACGAGGCGGUGCAGUUCUACAAGGAGGCUUUCGGGGCAGAGGAGCUGAAGCGGAUGAACCACCCCAAGCGCAAGGCCGAGCAGGAAGCCCCCCUCAUCCUAUGCGCCGAGCUCAAGAUCGGCUCCUCCUUUCUCCUCGUCUGCGACCAGACCGAGGACGACUUUGCUGCAGGUGGGGCGGGGGUCGUUUUCCGGGUGGAGACGGAGGACGUGGAGGGGGCCGUGGCGAAGGCUGUGAAGGCGGGAGGGGUGCUGCAAGGGGAGAUCACGGAGGAGGAGAGUGGGUGCGGCUGGGGGCUCCUUGGAAAGGUGAAGGAUCCCUUCGGCGUCGUCUGGUACGUUGCGUCCACCGCCAAGAAGUGCUCCCCGGCCGAGGCCUAGGUCUCCAUCGAUUCUCUCCUUAAAGAACGGAACGGAACUGACUCUUUUACCUAGUUUUCCUUGUUAUUGCUAGUAGUAAAACAGUAGUUCUUAACUAGUUCUAAGUACUUGGAUACUUAAUCAUGACAGUGCUUCCUUUUAAUUAAAGACAUUAUUAAGGUGGUCGUUACGGUCGCCGUUAAGUUUGACGGUGUUUGACGGUUGCGGAUGUUGCAGUUGGUUUAGAUUUUGCUGGGAAAUUGGAAAAGACCGACCUCCAUGUGCCGAUUUCCACCCUUAUACGUAUCUCUCUUUUAUGGUCUCUA